AUGGGAACGUACUUUCAUGGACGUGGCAACGGUUCUGACAUCCAACCGUCGGCAGAAGGUAUGCAGACACUUUACCUUAUGAAUCCAAACUACGUAGUACCGUACUCUGAGGAAGCACAAAAUCCAACACAAAACAUGCUUUUCGCUAAUCCCAACGCUACCACAAACACUCCUAGUUCGCCUCACGCGCUUAAUGCUUUCAAAUUUCCACACGCGCCUUCUUCAUUCAGUCAACAAAACGUAGUUGGAUUUACUGUUCCACAGUCGAACUUGCUUGGAUCCAACUCCACCGACAGUUCGUCACAGCCUUAUCAAGCUUCCGGCUUCCACGGCUUCGCCUCCUCGGCGUCCGAAGCUCCUCAUCCUCCUCAUCCUCCUCGUCCUCCUCAUCCUCAGAAUAACACUUGGGGAUCAGGUAAUUUUAUAUUACCUGACCAAUCUGUCACGGUGGCGACAACAUCUAACAGAUCAGACUCAGACUGUGUUGAUGUCGCCACCGUGAUAACAUCUGAAGCGACAGAGUUUUCGCCGCCGCAAAUAGGUUAUCAUCAUAGGCCAGUUUAUCAGCGUGGUUUGUCUCUCAGUCUUUCUUCACAACAAACACCUCACCGGUCAUUUUCUGGCGAGGUUGAGAUAUAUCGUGGCAGUGACAACCGUGGCUGUGUUGUUUUCGGGUCGAAAUAUUUAAAAGUAGCACAAGAGCUUCUAGAUGAAGUUGUGAAUGUGGAUAAGGGAAUCAUGAAAGGAGAAUAUGUUGAAGGAGAAAAUACUAACAAUAAUGAUAGAGAAAAGAGGAAAGCGAAUAUUGAAUCGAGUCCAAAUGGUGGAAGAGAAAACGAUGGAGGGAAACAAAUUGUUGAAUUAAGCACUGUACAGAGACAAGAACUUCAAAUGAAGAAGUCAAAACUUGUUAACAUGCUUGAUGAGGUAGAGCUAAGGUACAAACAAUACCACCAUCAAAUGCAAAGUGUGAUAUCAUCCUUUGAAUCCGCAACAGGAUACGGAGCAGCAAAAUCUUACACAUCCCUAGCCUUGAAGACAAUAUCAAAGCAAUUUCGAAGUCUGAAAGACGCAAUCGCAUCGCAAAUCAAGACAACUAGCAAGAGUUUGGGAGAAGAUGAUUGCUUGGGAGUUAAGUUAGAAGGUUCUAGGCUUAGGUAUGUCGAUCACCAUCUCCGACAACAACGGGCAUUACAGCAACUUGGAAUGAUUCAGAAUAAUAAUGCUUGGAGACCACAAAGAGGAUUGCCUGAACGAGCUGUUUCGGUUCUUCGUGCUUGGCUUUUCGAGCAUUUCUUGCACCCAUAUCCUAAGGACUCUGAUAAGGUUAUGCUUGCAAGACAAACCGGACUUACUCGGAGUCAGAGGAACUUUCAAAUUGACGUUCCUUCUCGAGCAUUGACAUUAGUAGUUCUUCAUUUGUGUUGUCCAUAA